GGCCAUGGUGUCUCUACGUUGCGGAGUGUGCAGGCUUCGCUCUACAUCCUACCAGCUCGGUUCUAGGCAUGCGUUCCAUGUGUCAACGAUCGAAUGCAAUGCUGCGCUGAUGGGCGUUCUCCCGCACAUUCCACGAUCCCACGGCCCUGUUGCAGGUGAGAGAGGCUGUUUCUCUGUCUGCAAAGUCGACCUUUGGUCGUAAGUCAUUCGUCUGUUCUAAUCCGUCCAUCCACGGCUUCGCCGACUCCGCAGCCUCGCCAUCACAAAAUAACCAAGUCCAUUCCAAACGCCAAAAUCCCCACCGCCGCCACCAUCACCAUAGAAUAUUCGAUGGCAUCUUGGUGCAGGUCUACCAAUUGCGGUCUUUACGACGGGACCAAAAGGUAAAAGGCCGAUCCUGGAGUUCGAGCCCGUGGUUUUCAAGGAGAGAUGCUAAAGAAGAGCCACUCAAAGAGCCACUUACAUGUGCACCCUGGCAUUGAACGGAGCGACGUCAAUUGCACGAGUCAAAUGCAAUCAAUCGUCUCUGCUAGAAAUGUGUAUUUCCUCGUCCGUAGUAGCCUUAGGCGCAUUGCCGCUGUUCGACACAGCAAAAAAAGGGCAUCUAUCUCGAAAACUGUCAAAAAGUGCAAAAAACCAGUUAUACUGGGGAAAAUCCUCUCACGACAAGGCAGCUGUUAACUGCAUCGUUCAUUGAGUCUUUUCAUUAGACACCUUCACGAAUGGUAUUAGCGAAACAACCAAUGGAGGGGACGCACCUUGUAGAAAGAAUGCUACACAGUGAUGUUAGCGAAACACCACACCCCUCGGGUCCCCCGAGACUCCCACUCCACCACCGAGGGGUGUGGAUGUUAGUCAGCGUAAUUUGGUCUCUUAAAUACCUUCAUUUGCAGCCUUUGCCUCCCAUCGCAGCAACUUGCGACAACGCCAACAUCACAGUUAGAUUCUCAUACGAGCUUGCUCAGAAAGUGCAUGCCAUCUUCCUCGUACCCAUAUUGUGUGCAUUCGUGUUGUGGUUGUGUUGUAUGUGUCGUCGAGGGUUGGCUGGUAUGGCGGGCCACGUCCGAGCUCGGCUUCAAGCAAGAAAUCCUGCCUUACCUUGUACGGCUUCUCAUUUUCGCUCCCAGGCACGACAGCAGCGACGGCGAGCUACACGGACUUAUGGAAAUGGCUCAGUUUCCGUUCCAUCAGGAAAGAGAAGAGACUGCCAAGAUGACUUGGAUCUGCUACAAGUGCGACCGCGGCAACAACUUGGCGAAUUGCACUUGCACCUGCGAUGACUUGAUCUUUCUGGAAUACAACAGCAGUAAUAGAUUGCUGAUAUCACCACAGGUCACAACAAACUCAUUUGCCUCCGAGUUCUUCUUCUACGGCCCCAGGUGCGGCGGCGAUCGAAGGGCAGCAGCGCAACGAAGCGAAGCACCACACCGGCGACAACGCGCAGCGCAGCGCUACGACGCCUUAACCCAAUGUCAUGAAUGUAAAGGCAGACGCAGCGAAUGAGGUGGAGGUCCUGAACGCCAGCCUGCUCAGCAGUUCGGCGGGCAGACGAGUGUGAGCGGCGGGUCGACAAGGAUGCCAGGAACAUUGGCCUUCCCAGAAAGCCAUCACCUCAGUUUGCAGCAUCG